CGCAGCCGUGCCAGCCCCGAGGCCGCUGGCUGCUGGCCGCAAGCCUUGGCGGCGCGUCCAUCCGUCCGUCUGUCCGCAGGGACCAGAGCUGGACGCCGGAGCCCCGCUCCGCCCUGGGCGGCCCCGCAGAGGAGGGGCUCUCCCCCACCGCCCCCUCACCGGCCACUGGCGGGUUUUAACGGGGCCGUGGCGGGGCCGUGCGGCAGAGCAGGCAGCGGCCACCGGCCAGGACGAUGCAGCCGGACCUUCCCGUUGGAGACUCGGCUCUGCGCAGCCCUCCAGCCGCCGAGGCGACAGCUGGUGGCCCUUUGCCCAGCGCCGAGGCCACCAAGCCGCCCUACAGCUACAUCGCACUCAUCACCAUGGCCAUCCAGAGCGCCCCCGAGAAGCGCCUGACCCUGAGCGGCAUCUACCGCUACAUCAUGGCACGCUUCACCUUCUACCGGGACAACAAGCAGGGCUGGCAGAACAGCAUCCGCCACAACCUGUCCCUCAACGAGUGCUUCGUCAAGGUGCCCCGGGACCACAAGAAGCCUGGCAAGGGCAACUACUGGACCCUCGACCCCGACUGCUACAACAUGUUCGAGAACGGCAGCUUCUUGCGGCGCCGCCGCCGCUUCACCAAGAAGAGGAACCUCCGGGAGGCGCCGGGCACCGAGGGGGAUGAGGGAAGUGGGAAGCCCCCUAGGCACCGGGCACGGGGACCAACCACCACCCCGCUGCCUGAGGAAGGGAAGGCGGAGGGGGGCUACCCAUCACCGGUGGCCGCAGGGCAAAGCCCCACCGCGCUGCCUGAGGAUGCUGGGGUGCCAGGGUGUGCCAAGUUCCGUGCCCGGCGGCAGCCGCCCAAGGCCAGGCAGUCGUGCCUGUACCUGCCGGACACGUCGCAGCCCAAAGGGCAGCUCUUUGCCCCCCCGGAGAGCCGCCCCCCCAAGGAGACUGUCUGCGGGGGGCUCCCAGCAGCGCUGCAGCUGCCCCGGCCAGGUCAGUACCCGCUGCCCAGCGAGCGCCCAGCACCGCACCCUGCCCUGCUGCCCACCCUGCUGCCCACCCAGCCCAGGGACCCACCGCAAGACUCCUCGGCCCCGUCAGGGACUCCCCCAGGGCAGCUGGAGGGUGAGGAGCCACCCAUCCCCGGGCUGGGGCCAGGCCAGCCCUUUGGGCAGGUGCCACCCGCGUUCCCUGGCACCCUGCUGGGCACAGGCAAGCCACCCCCAUCAUGCUUCCUGGAGGGAGAAGGCUACACGCAGCCCCCCCUGCCUGUUUUUGGCUCUUUCGGCCGCUCGGGGCCCGAGGCGCUGAGUGGCAGCUACCAGUGCCGGGUGCAGGCUCUGAGGUUCUGCGUGAAGGAGCGGCCGUGUGGCACCACCCUGGAGCACCUCCUGGCCACGGCCCCUCCGGCCCCUGCUGCCCCCCGACAGCCACCCUUCGGGGCUGUGGCACCACGGGUGGGUGAGCAGAAGGAGCCGUGGGGACCGGGGGGCACGAUCCCGCUGCAGGGGGGCAAUGGGUACCCGCUGGGGCUGCCCCCCUGCCUCUACCGUACACCUGGGAUGUUCUUCUUCGAGUGAGGGACUCGCACACCUUGGGGCCCCCCCAGCCCAAAAUAAAGCACAUUGCCCAG